AUGAUCGGUCGCGCUAUAGGUGAUGCUGCCGUUACAGGCGAUAGUUGUGAAGAGAUCGAAAAUGUGGCAAAGGGUUUUGGAGCUUCGAGACAAGUACCUCUAAAAUUUCAAGUGAAGGAUUCAAUCCUUGCAUCUGGCCAGCCAUCUCAUCAGGAUGGAGAGCCUCAAGAGGGAGACAAGAAGACGAAUAGAAAUCAAACGGAAAAUAUCCAGCCACCACCUGUCAACGACUCGUCUAUAAAUGUUGCAUCUCAGCAACUUAAUUCCAUCGCAUUCGAACCACAACCAAAUUCUGCUAACAUUUCAAACGUUUUUCCUGAGCCGCUUUUAAGUAAUUUGGUUAAUCAACACCCAUGGGGCGCCCCUGCGCCACCUUCUCACAUGGGCGGUCGUUCACCAAACAUUCCAAACGUUUUUCCUGAGCCGCUUUUAAGUAAUUUGGUUAAUCAGCAGCCAUGGGGCGCCCCUGCGCCACCACCUCAUGUGGUCGGUCGUCUACCCAAUAUUCCAAACGUUUUUCCUGAGCCGCUUUUAAGUAAUUUGGUUAAUCAGCAACCAUGGGGCGCCCCUGCGCCACCACCUCAUGUGGUCGGUCCUUUACCCAAUAUUCCAAACGUUUUUCCUGGGCCGCUUUUAAGUAAUUUGGUUAAUCAGCAACCAUGGGGCGCUCCUGCGCCACCACCUCACCUGGUCGGUCGUUUACCCAAUAUUCCAAAUGUUUUUCCUGGGCCGCUUUUAGGUAAUUUGGUUAAUCAGCAACCAUGGAGCGCCCCUGCGCCACCACCUCAUGUGGUCGGUCGUUUACCCAAUAUUCCAAACGUUUUUCCUGGGCCGCUUUUAGGUAAUUUGGUUAAUCAGCACCCAUGGAAUGCCCCUGUGCCACCACCUCACACAUUCGCUCCGAGCAUUCCCGCUCCACCUGCGAAUUUAUUCCCUAAUUUUAAUCGACUUGGUUAA